CCGCGUUUUUGUUCCCAUAAUUCCCUAAUCAAAACAUGUCUGCCACAUGGGCCAAAUCAAGACCUUGGUAUGUGCAAUUUACCCCGUAAAUGCUUGUAGCAUACACUGUGGACUAUAUUAAUCCGCUUCAUAGUCAAAGUUAAUACGAUUUUACGAAGAAAUUCACAAUUACUGUGGCAUGUCUCUAAGCGAUAUGUUAACGUUCGGAGCGUAAACAAGGAAUUUUACGUCACGUGCAUGAGGGAGCCCAGAUACAAGUGGCACCAUGAGGGCUGCUGCAAUACUAUUGUGGCCAUAGCCUAGGAUGACCCAUGAUUUCCAGUUAUGGUGUGAGGAUUGUCAGAAGAGUCACGAAGGUGAUUGUGAGGAGCAUGGUCCAUUAAAAAUAGUGGCAGACACAGAAGUAUCUACUAGAGCAAGGCGGUCAAUACCACAUAUUCUUCAGUUAAGAGAAGAAGACACCUAUACUGGUGUCUAUGCAAGGGAGCUGCUACAUAAAAGAUUGCAGUUUGGUCCUCUGCAAGCUGAGAGGGUGCUUGUUGGCACCCAACAAACAGUAGUCGAAAAAGAAAUUAAGGAGAGGUUUGGCAUUGUUUUCAAGAUAACACAAGAGGAAGGGAACUACUUACUACUUGAUACUCAACAAGAAGAGCGCAGUAAUUGGAUGAUUUUUGUGCGGCCUGCAGUGAAAAAAGCAGAACAGAAUUUGGUGGCAUUCCAGUACAAAGGAGAAAUAUAUUUUGCAACUAUUAAAGAAAUACCAGCACAAUGUGAACUCAAAGUAUGGUUUUCAAAAGACUAUGCUGAAAGGAUGGGAACAAGGAUACUUGCUGAGGAGGGUGUUUCAUGGCAGUUCCGUACUCGUCAGAGAUUUCGAUGUCGUGGGUGUGAGGUUGUGUUUAGUAGUGCUGCUAGUCUGACAAACCAUCGCUGUAUAAGGACUCCUCAAACCUCCAAAAGUGAAACUCCAAGUAGUCGAGGUAGGCAAGGCAAGAAGAUUGCCAAACGAGGUGGGGGUCAGAUUAUUCCUACACCCUCAACGUCAGGUAAGAGGUCAGCUGUUAGAGGUGUUUUGCACCAGCAAGAGUCUGAUACAACGAAAUCCCUCUUAAAGGAGGAACUUGCCUCCCCUGCAUCUUCAAGUGACUCUGAAGAAUCUGAAGUGUUAACUUUAUCACCUCAGAAACGAAGUCCACGGUCCAGCCCUCGAGGCCGUGGAAGCAUUUACUCCUGUAACGUUUGUCAGAAAGUGUUUCAUAGCCCUGGAAAGCUAAAACAGCAUUCAUACUCUCACACUGGGGAAAGACCUUUCUCUUGCACCCUCUGUCACAAAGCAUUUUCGUCUAGAUUCAAAUUAGUGCGUCAUCAGUUAAUACAUACUACUGAACGCCAGCAUCAGUGUCCUUUAUGUGAUCGUAGUUUUCAUCGUAAAGAUCACUUAAAGAAUCACAUUCAGAUUCAUGACCCUAGCAAGCAGUUCAAAUGUGAAAGGCCUGACUGUGGUAAAGAAUAUAAUUCUUAUAUGUCCUAUAGAAAACACUGUGCAGUACAUGCUGCAGAAGAAGGAGAUCUACAGUGUAAAAUUUGUCAGAAAAUGUUUGAAACAAAGCCAGACCUAAUUUAUCACCUUAAGGUUCAUGUGGGAUCUAGAUCAGUGAAAAGUCCUAGCGAAAAGAAAUUUCCAUGUGAUCACUGUGAUCGCCGGUUUUUCACACGAAAGGAUGUUAAACGUCAUUUAGUAGUUCACACUGGAAAGAGAGAUUUUAGCUGUAGCUUAUGUCCCCAGAAAUUUGGAAGAAAAGAUCACUUAGUUAGGCAUAUUAAGAAAAGCCAUGGAAUUUCAGAUUUGAGCCGUAUGGAAGGUCUAGAAUUUAGUGCUGCAUCUACGUCUUCUGUGCCACAGGCACUCUCUCCUAAUACAAGUGUGACUUCAUCUCCCCCACCUACCUCGGGAACUCAUCAUUUGCCUAUGGUUCUAUUACCAGAGCCAGUGGCAGGGCCAUCUGGACUGUCUGGUCCUGGUCCAUCCAGUCUCUCUGGUGCUACUGGUCUUAUGGGGCCAACAGGGGAGACACACUUCAUCUCACCAUCAUUCCAGCAAGAUUUUAGAAUCUUUGAAGAAACUAUAAAAGAAGAACCAGAACUUCAACCUAGUAUGGAAGAAAUUGGUCCUGGGGGAGAUGAUUUAAGCAAAAUACUUGGAAUGUAUUUACCUUCAGGAUCUAUCAGCUUAACGGGUCCCUCCUUACUAGAUCCAACAACACAUCGUGCUGAGGAAGGAGAGUCUCAGCGCAGCUUACUAGAGUCAGCUCUAUUACGCAUGCCACAGGAAGAACAAAAAGAAUCUAUUUUAUUAGUGCAUGGAACCAGUUUUUCCAGAGAUCCCUUAGAAACCAGAUCUCUCUUACCUGGUUCUCAGAGUGCAGAGUUUAGCCAGGAAGGAAUUUUACCUGUAACUCUUCUUUCAAGUGAGUCACCAGGUGUUUCUGGAAGGUCCCUACUGUCCCCGGGGCCAGUAUCCCAGCUCUCAGGAAGUGGAGUCCCUGCUGUCACUACUGCUGCUACAACCACUAGUGCCGCAGUCACCACAACUGCCUCGCUUCUUCCCUCACUGCCAGGAUUUGAUGAAGUGUUCCCUCAGUAAAUGGUGUGGGAUCUGUGAUAUAAGCAGAGAAGUACCUUGAUUAGUGCAGGGAAGAUUUAAGUGCACAGGAAAGUAAUGUUAAUUAUAAAACAGGCAGGGUUCUUUUUAUUUAACAUGAUAUGUACAGGUUAUGUUUUUGAAAAUUAGCAGCAAAAUGUUGAAAUUGCAUAACAUUUUGCUGAAGAGGUAUGAAGAAGACUGGCAUUUAUAUCCUUUUCCUUAUGGGGUGAUCCAAUUGCUUAUUUUCAUUACUUAAAUAUAGUGCCAGAUUAAUUUUAAGUGUCUGCUGCAAUAUUGAGUCUUGUGAAGUUAUGCUCCAGAAACUUGUUAAAUUUUACUGGAAAGACCGUCAUUGUCACCUCCCAGUAUUUAAUAUUAAAGUUAUGUAAGAGUUUGAUAUGCAUCUGAAUUCUUAAGUUCAAAGUUCUUACAUAGAAUAACUUACCAGAGAAGACUUUACAUUUGCAUUAUAAACAAUCCCAGCAAAAUCUCAGUCACAUUUGGAACGAAGUACCUGAUUGGUAAAAUCCCCAAGUUUAUAGUGUAUUGCAGUAGUCAUUGUGUUUGUGUAGUUCCUGUAGGUAUAGCUUCUUCUACUCCUAUCAUAUUUUUUUAUCUUUUCACUGGAAUUUUAUAGUUAUAUUGCUUAAGAUAAUGAAUUAUUCUUCAAGACUAAAGCCCUCUUCUACCUCUGUUAGGAUUAAGAAAGAUGUAAGGUAACAGGAGUACAAAGCUGAUGGUUAGGAUGUGUGUGGCACUGUGGAUAUCUGCAGUAGUUAGGAUAAGUUUGAUGCCAUUAUGUAUAUUUCAAUAUUUGUUUGUUUCACAAUACACAGAAUGUUUACCCCGGUGACUACACACAAGUUUGUUGCUUCUCAGAGUUUUUGUUGAUGGCAACUGGUUUAUAGAGACAUUUUAUUUUCUUCAUAGUUGCAAAUAUAUAUUUUCCUAUGUGAAUGCAGGGUCUAUUAUUAUAAUAUAUAUA